UUCAUUUGUUUUUUUUCAACCAAAAUGUUCGUUAUUCAACAUUCAUGCAGGGAGUAGUACGAGUAUAUUCGCAAUAGUUCUUAUCGUAAUCGGUUUGGUUGUCUUCUUAAUCGCAUUUCUGGGUUUUUGUGGUUCAAUAAUGGAGAAUCCUGUUUUGCUACUUAUUUUCAUAAUUUUUCUUACGAUACUCGUCAUCAUUCAAAUUACAAUUGGUGUUGUAGUUGUGACAAACGUAAGCAUGGCCCAGGAAUAUUUAGAUUUUGAACUCGUUCGAAGCUUUCGUAGUUAUGCAACGAGUAAAAGUGAUGCCAUCUUUUGGGAUCGAAUUCAGAUCGAGAACAAAUGCUGCGGCCUCCACAGCUAUGGAGAUUACGAACAUAUUCCAAUACCUCCAUCUUGUUGUGGUUAUGUGCAUCAAGAUGCAGAUGGACAAUGUUUGGUGGAAAAUUGUUGGAGAACCGGAUGCCGAAGAAUUUUGGCGAAUCUUUAUAGAACAAUUUUAAAGUAUUUAACUGGCACAGCCAUUGGUCUCGGAUGCGUUCAGAUCACUGGAAUCAUAUUCGCCUUCUACCUGUACGCAAAGUUUAGAUAAGUUUCCUUGCCACCGUUGACGAGGAUACCGUUUUUAUGUUUGAAUGUCUAGAAUUGACGACCUUCCAAUAAAAAUAAUAUUCAUAUGUAAUAUACAUAAAUAAAUAUGUUGGCUGUUAGCUA